UCAGACGAACAUCAGAAGAACAUCAGAAGAACAUCAGAAGAACAUCAGACGAACAUCAGACGAACAUCAGAAGAACAUCAGAUGAACAUCAGAAGAACAUCAGACGAACAUCAGAAGAACAUCAGAAGAACAUCAGAAGAACAUCAAGAACAUCAGACGAACAUCAGACGAACAUCAGACGAACAUCAGAAGAACAUCAGAAGAACACACCGGUGAGACGCUGAGAGAAGAACUACAGAUGCUCGAAAUCAGAUAAACCUACAGCGUCGCCAUGUCCCGCCGCCCUCUCCUUUUCCUCUUGGCUCAAACUUUUCUUUUAUUCGACAUGUUUUUGUCUUUUACACUGAACAACUGCACCAUGGAAUUCUCUGAGACGGUGACGCUGUCCUGCCAACAGCGCCUCCUACAGAAGAUACCGGACGACGUGCCUCUGAACUCUGAAGUGCUGGACGUGAGCUUCAACCAAAUCUCGCAAAUAAAAAACGAUUUGAAACGUUUCCUUGAACUCAACGUUUUGCUCGUGACUCGUAACCAGCUGCAGCACAUCGACGACGAAGCUUUUGUGAAUUUAAAAAAGUUGAGAAUCUUGGAUCUUUCCCACAACAAUCUCACAAACCUGACGCAGCUCGUGUUCGCGGGGUUACACACACUUACCUCACUGAACCUCGAGCACAACCACAUUUCACAAAUCGCCCCAAAAACGUUUCAGCCUUUGUUCAGUUUACACCGCGUCGUUCUCAGUUUUAAUCGCAUCAGUAACUUAGCAGACAUCACGGCACUUUUUACACUUCCAAACAUGCAGCAGAUUUCUCUGACCAAGAACCUCUUAACCUCCUUUGACUCUGAUGAUCUUCCGUUUAAUUCGUCAAAUGUCACAGAGAUUUCUUUAAAUUACAACAAGUUACAAAACUUCAGCUUAAAACGAGAUGUUUUUCCACGACUCAGUUCAGUAAAACUCACGGGGUCCCAGCAGUUCGACUGGUACGUGGCCAGUGACACUUUUUUAAGAAAUGUGACUGAAAUAUCUUUGUCUGAAAACUUUAGUCUCGCUUCCUUCAGCGCGAUCCUGAACAGCACUCGCUCUUUACAAACUCUCCUGUUGACACCGUUGGACAAACCAACAGCAAAGAGCUUUGUACAAAUCGCCUGUUCGACCACAUCCGUAAAAACACUCACUCUCACUUUUCUCACGCUCCGUUUCAUAGACCACCAGUUUUUCCAGUCGUGUUCACAGCUUCAGGAGCUCAAGUUGCCUUUUAAUAACAUAGAACAACUAUCGAGCCAAUCCUUUAAUUCUCUCACAGAACUAAAAGGUCUGGACAUGAACCUGAAUCAGCUGUCGAAAGUCCCUGUGAGCGUUCGGCCACUGUGGACUCUGGAGGUGCUCGACUUAAGCAGUAACUCCAUCCGCGAGAUCAACUGUCUCGACUUUGCCAAUUUAACCAGACUGAUCUCGCUUAACCUAAGGAGAAACCAAAUAGUUCACCUGGAGCAGUGCUAUUUCCAGAAUCUGUUCAGUCUGGACACUCUGGACCUGGGACGGAACCCAGUGCACACGAUUGGCAGGACGUUCGAGGUGGGUUUGUCUCAUCUGCGCGUUUUACUUUUGAGCGGAAACCUGGACCAGUUCUGGCUUGGACCGGGCGCGUUCAGAAACCUGUCCUCCCUGCGCAUACUGAACCUGAAGUCAAACAAAUUCAUAUUUACAGAGUACGACGUUUUCGAGGGGAUGGAGAAACUGCGGCGCUUAGUAAGUUGGGUAAGUGAGAUGUCAAAGGAGUUAUUCAAAGGACUGAGAGAUUUAGUAUUUCUGGAAUUACACAUGAAUUCAUUCGGCCCAAACACACGGACCGAUCAGAACAGCUCAGACGAGACGCCGUUUUCAAACUUACAAAACCUAACACAGCUUUUGAUUUUCGUGGAGCCGACAUUCAGCGUUAAAAUUUUUCCAGACGUCUUCCAGGGACUUCAAUCUUUGGUCUCUUUAAAAGUGGACUAUUUCUUCCGAGCGCCGAUCCACCGCAGAACGUUCACGCACACUCCGCUCCUGACCCGCCUCUCCAUCACCAACAGCGACUUCUCCUUUCUGUCCGCUGAAGUUUUCGAUCCGAUUCCAAAACUAGAAGAACUUGAUCUCUCCAAAAACAAGCUGACCACGCUGGAAUUUCUCGGGAACCUCCGCGGGCUCCAAAUGCUCGUCGUCCACGACAACCAUCUUUCCAUCAUAAAUGAAACGCUUUUCCAGAGUUUUCCGUCUUUGACAUAUUUGGACUUAUCUAAAAACGCCUUGCUGUGCGACUGUCUGAACGCCGGGUUUCAGGAGUGGGUUUGGAGCAGUAACCGGACUCAGGUGGUGGGCGGGGCCUCGUACCAGUGCAUGUCUCCGGUCACCCAAUUGGAGCAGAGGUUCUUGGACUUCGACACGCGCCUGUGCAAGAUCGAUAUCGAGUUCAUCCUCUUCGUGUCGUGCUCGUCAGUGACUCUGCUCACUCUGGUCCUGAGCUUCGUCUACCACUUCCUGAGAUGGCAGCUGAUCUACGCGUACAACCUGUUCUUGGCCCACGUCUACGACACGAAGCGGCGACGGAGGAACGAGGCUCACCGCUACGACGCCUUCAUCUCCUACAGCGUCCACGACGAGGAGUGGGUCUGUCACGAGAUGCUGCCGGUGCUGGAGGGACAACAGGGCUGGAGGCUUUGUCUGCACCACCGCGACUUCCAACCGGGUAAACCGAUCGUGGAGAACAUCACAGACGCCAUCUACAGCAGCAGGAAGACGGUGUGUGUGAUCAGCACGAGCUACCUCCAGAGCGACUGGUGCUCCAGGGAGAUCCAGAUGGCCAGUGUGCGUCUGUUCGAUGAGCACAAAGACGUCCUCGUCCUGGUGUUUCUGGAGGAGUUGUCUCCAUGGCGACUGUCGCCGUACUACCGCAUGAGACGCCUGAUGAAGAAGCGCUCGUACCUCAGAUGGCCCCGGGCGUCUCAGCACAGAGCCGUGUUCUGGCAAAACCUCCGGCGGGCGCUCGAGAGCGACGCCCACCCCGACCAGCAGCACCGGCUCGUCCAAUCAGAGCAGGAGUAACACCACAGUGUCCAAUCAGAGGAGGAAUAACACUGCAGCGUCCAAUCAGAGGAGGAGUAACACCGCAGCGUCCAAUCAGAGGAGGAAUAACACUGCAGCGUCCAAUCAGAGGAGGAGUAACACCGCAGCGUCCAAUCAGAGGAGGAACAGACUUCAGAGCUUCAGGGAUUACACCUGAUGACAUCACCAGGUGUAACAGAGUGUUGUGAGCUGUAAUCUUCAGCAUUACUGAAACAUGUGAAUGAAACGGAGUUAAAGUCACACUGUGGGACAUUUCAUGACAGGGGUUAAGGGUGGACGAUGUUUUCACAGAAAUGUUUUUAUGUCAAAGACUUAAAGAGGAAUCUGAGUGACAGAAGAACACAAGUGUUUGUGCUUCAAUAAACUCUGCAAAAAACUCUGUACAUUAUUCAUGUUAUUAUCAUCUUAUUAUCAUGUUAUUAUCACAUUAUUAUUGCAUUAUUAUCAUGUUAUUAUCAUGUUAUUAUCACAUUAUUAUUGCAUUAUUAUCAUGUUAUCAUGUUAUUAUCAUGUUAUUAUCACAUUAUUAUCGCGUUAUUAUCAUGUUAUUAUCAUGUUAUUAUC